AUGGCCAGAAGGUCCGGCCCCGCCGGACUGGUCCGGGGCUCGGUCCGGGCUCGCGGGUUUGAAACACUUCCUUGGUGCCGGCCCAGGUCUGGCUUCUGGCCGGACCAUUCUGGCCGGUCGGAUUGGUCCGACCGGACCCGGCCAGUCCGGCUGAGUGGAGAUGAGCUUCUCCCUCCUCCAACGGCCGUUUCCCCCACCUACCUAUAUAAUGCCCCCUUCUUCUACCUUGGGAUGUGUGACUUUGUGGAUCUUGGCGAGGUCAUCCCGGAGCUAGUUCUGUGUGUAAAGCUCCGUGGGCGGCAUUUGGGAGCCUCCAAUUUGGUUGUGGAUCCCAGGCCGGCAGGCCCAGCCGCCCACGCGCGGAGAUGCCCAGGCCCAGGCGCCCAACACUCUCUUCGUCUCGCGUCGGUCGCGGACGGUCUUCGCCUCGGCGGCUCGGCCUCGCACCACGCAACGAACGACGCGACCAGAAGGGCGCCGAACCCUAAUUCUGCUGGCGGUGCCCAUACCUCCGGCCGACCGGCGACGCCCACGUCAACAGCAAGCCUCCGCGGCUCCGCCGGAUCCUCCCGUCCCCAUCCUCUCCGGUCUCCACCAUCUCCAGGGCCUCCGGCCUCCUCGAGCAGUCCUCAUCAUCCUGGUGGUCGCCGCCAGCGCUACUUCGGUGGUUCUCGGCCCUCGCUCGGCCACUUUCUGGCUCCCCACGACGAGGCGCGUCACGCGAGCCCUCUGCCCCAUCCUGGUUUGCCCCCAGGUGCUGGUUCCAUCUCCGACGGCAACAGGAGCUCUCUGACUGCACCUAGUCCGCGCGACCCCGCGCACGCCUCCAAUCGCCCUCGCGCGUGGUGUCCGUCUCGAGCACGUCCACGAGCCCUUGGUGAGACUCCGCUCCUCCUCACGUUUUUCCUGACUGAAUCUGUGAUGUAUCUGUGA